CAAGGUUCAGGUAGACAGUCUGACUGACGGACUGAUCGCCUGACAGCGAGAAAGAAUCUCUUAACUUCCAGGAAAUUUUAUACAUCGUCUCUCCUCCAUCCUCACCCAAACCCACUGACUGUGUUGCUGCCUUUACUCGUUUCGUUCUGAGAGUCAUUGACAGGAGGCGAAGGUGGGUUUUGCGGGUUCCCUUUUUAUUUGCACCCCCACCCCCCCCUUCACAAGCCACAGACCUCAGUACCUCACACUCGCUCACACUCACACACUUACACAAACUCGCAAUGCCUUGCGAUCGGCUGCGUCUGAGGCCGUGGUUGGAAAGACAGAUCAAGUCGGAUCGGAUCCCAGGACUCUGCUGGAUUAAUGAGGAUUUAAAAAUCUUCCAAGUUUCCUGGAAGCACGCUGCCCGGCACAGCUGGAACAUGGACACUGAUGCCCACCUCUUCAGAGAAUGGGCUGUUUACACAGGGAAGUUCAGGCCUGGCAUUGACAAGCCAGACCCGAAGACCUGGAAAGCCAAUUUCAGAUGUGCAUUGAACUCGCUGCCUGAUAUCAAAGAGCUACAAGACAAAAGCAUAAGGAAAGGCAGCAACGCUUUCAGGGUCUACACAUUGCUGCCAUCCCUGCAGAAACGCCGCACCAGAAAAUAUAAUAAACAGAAGCGGACAGAGACAUCGGGAGGUUUGAAACUUUGGGCACACGAUGUACCCAGUGCUGGAGCAAAGCCGUCGUCAAAUAUCUCCAAACUGAUUCAGAUGCCUAGCUCUGGGGAUCCUGGCUCCAACACAGAGCAACCACUUGGGUCAGAGGACAGAGGACACCAUGCUCCACAUCUCUGGUUCACGUCAAACUACACAAGAACAGCAGCAACACUGAAUCUCUACGAGCCAUGUCCAGGUUACAGGACAUCCCUUCCCGGCGAGGAUGAAAACCUAGACGCAAUGAUCCAGAGAAUCGACCAGUUGAAAUCUCAGUCCUGCAGGAAGACAAGCCAUGAUGUGUGUGAGGAGCACACAGACUGUAGGUCUCAGCAAUGGGUGUCUGUCCCCAGGCCCAGCAGCUCCAUAGACCUUGACACGUUCAGCUCCAUGGAGGGUUCGAGUCUGAUUGAUGACAGAAAGUACCAGACAGCAGCACUGCAGGAAAAUGCCUUUUUCCACCUGAACCAAAGCCAAGCUGAGGAUCAUUGGCUUAACUUCCCCAACAGUCUCUCCUCCAACACGUGGCCAUGACCCCAAAGGAUGCAAUUCAGGUGUUCCAAGUUCUAGUUUAUGUCACUAUCUCAGCCAACUCCACCCACCCAACCGACACACAGUCCCAACCCUCCCUGGCCCGUAUAACACCAGCCCAAUUGUAGGCAAACACAGGAGACAAUUCUCACCCAGUGAGAUCCCACGCACAACUGUUUACCUGGAGGAUUGUUGGUUGAGACACCUGAAGGAAGAUAGGAAGGGCACAAAAGGAGAAUGAAUGAGGAGCUAGAUUCCCCAAUUGAAAAGUCAUUGUGUCUGAUCCUGUGACAUGGAAAACAAUCCAGCAAAGGAUCCAAUAUGGAAGUAGAUUGACAC